CUGGCUGUUUGAUCGCUUUCGGAAUCCAGCAGUAGACGUGCGUAAAUUUUCCACUAUUGUUUUGGAAACGAUUUUUCCCCAUUUUCCGAGGACGGAACCGGACUCAAGUGUUGAGCGUGCUACGGCCGCUCGGAAUCGGUGUGUUUUACCGUUCGAUUAGUGGUGUUUUGGCCAAUGUUUAAAGACGAAAGUGAUAAUCAAGCGGUGGUCCUGAUGUGGUUGAAAAAUUGCGUUGCUUCUUCGAACGUGGCGUUUGCAGGAAAGAACUGUGAAAAGUCACCCAAAAAUGCUAAAAGCCACAUUUGAGCUCGAGCAGAAGGAUGUAAAUCCAGAUGAUUAUUUGGAGCCAACGUCGAGCGUAACAGCAGAAUCACAAUCACAGCAAUCAUCUACAACAACGUCAACACCGAAGAGUCAUUUCGGCGAUCAAGAGCAGAACUGGCCGCUAGUGAGUCGAAAGUUGCCUCUCGGUACCGUAAAUAAUACUAGUAGCAGCAGCAGCAGCUCGACACAGCAGCUUCCACUGAUAAAACUCAAACGACGCUUCUGGGAUAAGGAGAAUAGCGACUUUGGCAAGGAGGAGUACACCAGCGUAGAGCAGGAACAGGAAGUUGAAGAAGAGCAGCCCGUCAGGAAACGAACGUUCAAGGAAGUGCUUGACGAGCGUUUCUACAAUCGACUAAAGGAGGAGAGUAUAAAAAAGCCACGUAAAAGGAAGCAUUGCUUGAGCUUAGCACCUACUGGGCGCCAAGAGAAGAAAAAGAAGCAAAAUAAUAGCUGCGAUUUAGAACAGUUGAUUCAGUGUAGUCCUCCUGUUUUCGACGACGAAAACGUAGAACCAGGAGUAGCACAGAAUUCCACAGAUCACAGCAAAAAAGAAGAGAAACAAACGAACGUUUCGUUAAGCAAACGUUCAUCUCAACCGAUCGAUUGGGAUCAGGUUGAACCAUUUGGGGAACCAGAGGAUUCAAAUCAAGUAAAAGACGAACCGGUUAUACCGUUCGAUUUUGAUACUUUGUUCACGAAAACGACAAACAAGUGUCCUCUGCGAACCUAUAACGGUUGUUCAAGCACCCGGCUAUCACUAUCGAAAAACUUUCAACAACAACAACAACCCCAGCAAGUAACAACGAAAGAGACAAGCAAUUCGCCGGACAGUGAAAAGAAGCAGGAACACCAUUGUCACAGCGAGGGCCAGUGUGCCAAACCCAAGGACGUUGGUGAGGACGACAUGUCCAUUCACCAUCAGCAACACUAUCAUCUGCCGUGUACCAGUGUAAAUAGCAACACCGCCAGCUUUCCGGAGGUCGCAUCGACAACGUCAAUUCUGCUGCUGGCAGCAGCUGCAGAGGAAUCCAGUAAAAUGUCAGGUCACGCACAUUACACCCGAAACAAGCAAAGCUCAAUGCAGGGCCGUUUUACGCUCAGUGCAGGAACGGAUAUGGCUUUGGCGGCAUCGUUGAACGAGCUUCCGCGAAGCAAGGUGAACAGUCUACAGGGACGAGUCGACACGGGAACGGCGACGGAAUUGGCCAUCGCCCAAUCGUUGAGUGAGGAGCAGCAAAACAUUUUGGCGGCAGUAAGCGCACCGGUGGCUUCACCGGUGGUAGUGAAUCUUAAUACUCCAAUCCAAUCGGCGAAUAUCGUGGCCGCAGCCAACAUGCACAACUCGCUUGCUACACUCUGUAACAUCGGUAACUCUUGCUACCUAAACUCAGUGCUGUAUACGCUCCGCUUUGCUCCGAACUUCAUUCACAACUUACACCACUUGAUCGAGGACACGGACAGCGUGUAUCAGCGACUUAGCCAAAACAAACUUAAAUCCUCUUCGCUCGGACGAAAUAUUCCUGGUCUUCAUGGAUCGAACGCUCGCAGCUGGAGCAGCAAAGAUCUCGCGUCGCUUGGCGUUUCCACGACCACAAAUAACUCCUCAUCUUCCGCUCAGUCGCAGCAGUCGGGCACCGGUACCGGAACAACGGUAACCAAUGGAACGGUUGGAGGUCUACCGAUGGCGCGAGAGGAAAGCCUACCGCCAAAAAGCAACCGGCAGGUGGUAACCGAGCAGCUACAUGAACUUUUCCAGAAUUUGCACCGGAACGAAGCGACAGACGCGCUGGAACCGUAUCACGCUGGAAAUAUUCUGCGGGCGGUGCAGGACGUCAGCGCCACGUUCGAGGGAAACCAGCAGCAGGAUGCGCACGAGUUUCUGAUGUGUGUGCUGGACAGUGUGCGGGAAUCGUGCCAGGCGCUUAUCAAGACCAUCACCGAUCAUCCGGAUGUGCUGAUCAAUGCCUGCCCACCGGUUCCGGAAUCCAUCGAAACGUUCGUACCGGAAACAAAGAGCGGCACGACGCGCUAUUUCUUCCGUCGGCGAAGGGAUCCCGCCAAGGCAAUAAAACCCACUAACGGGGGUGGUGGUGCGACAACACUCCCCAAGAACGCCGGCAGCAUUUUGGGAGGAGGAGGUGACAGUGCUGCCACGGCUGCCGACCAGGUAGCCCAUCUGAAGAAUGCCCUGUUUGCCAAAUCUUCCGCAGCGCUGGAUGAGCAGCUUGUGCGGGAACGGGUACACGCGCUGGGGUUGGAUUUUUUCCGGGACGACUUCGAGGGUGUGACCGUCUCGAAAACCAAGUGUUUGGCCUGCGAAACGUGCACCGAGCAGAAGGAGACCAUGAUCGAUAUUGCGAUACCGAUCGCGGCCAGCGAGGUCUGCGAUGCCGCCAAGAAUCCGCAACUGUUCUAUCAGAACUCUUGCAUCACGCGGGAAUACUUCCGCGGGGACAACAAGUACCGCUGUGAGGAGUGCUGCGGCUACAGAGAAGCGAUUCGGUCGAUCUCGUUCGAAGUACUCCCGCGGCAGCUGAUACUACAGCUGAAGCGCUUCAACGGCGAUAUGGAGAAAAUCAACAGCUACAUCCCGACGCCGUUUGUGCUGCGGUGCUUCUGCAAUACCUGUUUGCCAAAGCCGGACUGUGAUAAGCCCCACAUCUACCGAUUGUACAGUGUGAUAACUCACGUCGGAGCCCGGAUGUCGGUCGGUCACUACAUCGCGUACACCAGUUCGCUUGAUGUACACGCUGAGUUUCUUGGCUGCGGGAAGGAUCGACGACGGCAGCUCUUCCUAUCUGGUGGAUCCAUCGAUGGUGGUGGUGGUGGUGGUGGCAGUUCUGGCAGUUUAGCUGGCGCUGGAGGUGGAAAUACGGGGAAAGGAACUAGCGAGAAAAGUGCUUCUGGACACUUGAAGAAGUUGUUUAGCAGCAAGAAGGCUUCCAGCGCGGGAGAUAUGAGCAAGAAGUUCAAGAACAAUGUGGUGAACAAGCUUAUGAUCAACGGAAUAGAAAGCUUAAAUUUGAACAACGGGACAAGCUCAAGCAGUGCGCACGGUGGUAGCAAUUUGGCCUCUUUUAAAUCCCAGUCAGGUAGCAACAGUCCGAGUAGCAACGGCACUCCAACUACUUCGCUACCCAAUCGCAUACCAUGCGGCGGUCUAAAUUGUUGUGGUAUUCACUUAAAAAAUAGUCAUCUUAACAAUAACAACAACAACAGCAGCAGUAGCAGCAAUAACUCAAUGGGCAAUGUGGCUGGUUUGACGGUCACAAAUGGAACCCUGCUAGACGGUGGCAGUGCCGGUGAUAUUCACACUAAUUGUAUAAACUCGUCAUCAAUGUUGGCCACAAUCGGCGGAAAUGGACUGUCGGUAACUACCCCGGCAGCCUUCGAGCAGAGUUUAAGUCAGCAGCUGUGGCACAUGUGCGACGAUGAUAAAAUCAAAAUUAUGUCCCAGACGGAGUUCGAGGAGCUACUGUCACCCAACCGGAGGCAUGUCAUCACACCAUACCUUCUGUUCUACGCCCGGUACGAUCUGGUACAGGGCAGCCGGCAAAAGGACUCGCUGGCAGAUUGCGGUGAACCGAACAACUACACGAGCGAGUGCUGCGUGGACGGUCUCACCAUCAACGACUAAUGUUGGUACCGGGGUCGAGCGGGUAGGUUUGUCUUUAGUAUUCUUUGUGUUCAGGUUUUUUGUUGUGUACUGAGAAAAUCGUUCCGAGAAGUUUAGCAAGUUUUUUCGAUAGGAAACAGAUGAAUCGGCAGUGUCAGAUUUAGAGGGUAGUUGAAAAUAUUUAAUAUAUUGUUAACAUUAUUAGAUUCA